AUGAAUCAAACCUCGCUUGCUCUUCAACAAAUCAAGAAAACAAAUCCAUAUUUCAGCGGGAAAAUGUCUUGUUCAGAAUUUAUUGAAUUAAAUGGCUUUUAUUCUCGUCCAAUCACCGCAAUAGAAUACAAUUAUACCAUAGCAUUUACUAUACUCGCAUAUAAACAUUUUUAUCAGUUUCAAGUUCUUUUGAGAACUUUGUAUAGCCGCUCAAAUUUUCAUUGUAUUCAUGUUGAUGUUAAAGCACCUAUCAUAAUGUAUAAAUAUGUCGUUAAACUGAGUGAAUGUUUAGAAAAUGUGUACUUGUCGCCAGUUCGAUUGACGGUAAGAUGGGCGGGAUUUUCGAUUCUAGAGGCCGAACGUUCCUGUCAACUAUUAUUGUUAAAUAAAGAGAAAACAUGGAAAUAUUACAUGAAUUUAGCUGGAACAGAAUUACCAUUACAAACAAAUUAUGAACGAGCAAAUAUUCUCGCUUUAGGUAAUGGUUUAAAAAAUGAUAUAACAUCAUACAAAAACACUCAUUUAUACCGUCACGCUAUGAAACUUCAUCCACCUCCGGAAAAUGUCACCUUAUGGAAAGGUGAAUUUCAUGUUAUAUUAACUCGAAAAUUUGUAGAAUACCUACACACAAGUCCACUAGCUCAGCACUUAUACAUUUAUUUGAAUGGUACCAAUGUGCCUGAUGAACAUUUCUACUCGUCCCUUAACCGUCGACCAGACUUUCCCGGUUACUCAUGGAAAAGUUAUUCAAAUCUUCGUUUGUUAUCGCAUUAUAAGGUAUGGAUAGAAACACAGCGGCAUAUGUGUAAAUCACAAAUAUUUGGUCGAGGUGAACUUUGUCAAUUCACCUACAAAGAUCUGACACAUGUUAUGGAAAGUAAAAGAUUAUUUGUAAACAAAUUUAAUCAAAAUGUCGAUUUAAUUGGUAUUGAUUGUAUUGAACAAUGGUUAAAAGUUAAACAGUAUUCCCCGAACAAAAUUAGAAAAGAAGAUUACAGACAAUUUCCAUUUUUUCAACAGAGUAAUAUGAGUGAAGUACAGGACAAAGAGGAAGAAGAAGCGCUAGCAAAAUUAACAGGAAAAAUCUAG